AUGCCUUCAAAGAAAGUUCAAAAGAGUCCUUUAGCGGACAAAACUGAACAGUCGGCAACGGACACUAAAAAUGGAUAUUGUUUCGAAUAUGCAGGAGGAAAAUGGCUAAUGGAAGGAUCACAAGAUAGCCCAGGGAAAUAUAGGUAUUAUGGAUAUUUUGUUACUGUUGUAGCCUUUGUAUUAAGGUUCAAAAAGUUGUAUUAUCCUCGUGAAGUGGUCUUUGAUGAAGUCCAUUUUGGUAAGUUUGCGUCUUAUUAUUUGGAGCGGACGUAUUUCUUUGAUGUUCAUCCUCCGUUUGCGAAAUUAUUGAUUGCAUUUGUUGGAUGGUUGGUAGGAUAUAAUGGUGCCUUUAAGUUUGACGAUAUUGGAUAUAGUUAUGAGACGAAUAAUGCUCCAUAUGUGGCAUACCGGUCUUUAAGUGCCCUUUUAGGAACGCUUACUGUUCCGAUCAUGUUUAAUAUAUUGAAGGAGUUGAACUUCAAAGCAGUUAGUUGUGCUUUGGGUGCAUUUUUAGUAGCGAUUGAUAAUGCACAUGUUAUUGAUUCAAGGUUGAUUUUGCUAGAUGCAACGCUUAUUGUGAGCAUUGCAUUGUCCAUCUAUACAUACAUCCGUUUCUACAAGGCCCAAUUGAGAGCUCCAUUUAGUUCUGAGUGGUACUUCUGGUUAUAUGCCACAGGAUUAUCGUUAUCUUUUGUUAUUUCUACCAAAUAUGUAGGUCUUUUUACCUUUGCGAUGAUUGGUUCUGCUGUUGCAUUAAAUCUGUGGCAGUUACUAGAUAUUCGUGCAGGUUUAUCCUUGAAAAUGGUUUUUAAGCAUUUUUUCCAAAGGUUCAAUGGUUUAAUAUUAUUCCCCUUCACAGUUUACUUAUUUUGGUUCUACAUUCAUUUUGCAGUGCUCACGAAAUCAGGACCUGGUGACAAUUUUAUGUCUGGCGGAUUUCAAGAAACUUUGGGAGACUCACCACUUGCGAAAGAGUCCAGAGAGUUACAAUAUUAUGAUAUAAUUACACUAAAACACAAGGAUACCGGUUCUUUAUUACAUUCCCAUGAUGCAUACUAUCCAUUGCGGUAUGAGGACGGUCGUAUUUCAUCUCAAGGUCAGCAAGUUACGGGUUAUUCGCACGAAGAUAUUAACAAUAACUGGGAAAUUAUUCCAACAAAAGAGUUACCAAGUCUUGUGGGUCAGAAUGUUCUGUUGGAUGACGUUAUUAGGUUAAGGCAUGUUGCUACUGAUACAUAUUUAUUAGCUCAUGAUGUCGCAUCUCCUUUGUAUGCCACUAAUGAGGAAGUCACAACGGUAGGCAAAGAGUUGGGAGAUGGUACUGAAUUAAAAAAUACGUUAUUUAAGUUUCAGCCGACUAAUAAGAAGGAUUCUGGGCGUGUUGUAAAAAGCAAAGCUUCAGUAUUCAGGAUAUUCCAUGUAGAUACUGCUGUUGCUUUAUGGACUCACAACGACGAGUUUUUACCUGAAUGGGGGUUUAAGCAACAGGAAGUCAACGGCAACAAAAAAGUUCUGGAACCUUCAAAUAAUUGGGUUGUUGAUAACAUUGUCAACAUCAGCGAAGAAAGAAAAGCUUACUCUCCAAAGAUUGUUAAAAAACUUUCAUUUAUCGCUAAGUGGUUUGAAUUACAACGGCUAAUGUUUGAGCACAAUAAUAAGCUCUCCUCAGACCAUCCAUUCGCCUCCCAGCCAGAAUCCUGGCCCGGAUCCUUAUCCGGUGUUUCCUUCUGGACUAAAGAACCUGAGACGAGGCAAAUAUACUUUAUUGGCAAUAUUGUUGGCUGGUGGUUAGAAGUCGUCUCCUUGGCUCUUUACAUUGGCAUUAUCCUUGCUGAUCUUUUAACUAGACAGCGUCAUGUUUUUACUUUUGGAAAGUUAGCAAGAAUAAAAUUAUAUGGCCCACUGUUAUUCUUAUUUGUUGGCUGGUGCUUCCACUACUUUCCAUUUUUCUUAAUGGGUCGCCAAAAAUUUUUACAUCAUUACUUGCCUGCUCACCUGAUAGCAGCUUUACUCACCGCUGGUCUUUGGGAGUUUUUAUUAUCAGAUACGAAAUCUCUGGAUAUAUCAACAGAUGAGUCUGAUUCAGAAAGCCAAUAUAACAAGAAUCCUCAGGUAAAUGAAGUUACAGUAACUUUACUUUUCUUAAUAACUGCAAUUGGUACAUCUGCUUUCUUCAUUUUCUUUUCUCCAUUGGUUUAUGGAGAUCGUUCUUUAACACCAUCGGAGGUUCUAUCAAGGCAGUGGUUUAACAUGAAAUUACACUUCGCAAAAUGA